UUGAUAUUUCAAAGUGGUCUUUGUCCUCUUUGUGUCUUCCUAUAUAUAUAUUUUUUUCUUGAAUAUUUCUGUGAGAUUGCCAAAUUCUCCUUAACAUCCUUUUGUGCCGUGAUAACCUGCUGCUGCUCCAGGAUGUUUCGCAGUGUGACAUCCGUCCUUGGCAAAAUGCGGCGCCUUAGGCCUAAGUCAAUGUCGGUUCGCUUGGAGCACCAAAUGCCCGAGAACCUCAAAAAGGUCGAGACGGACAAGGACCCCGAGUUCUCGGCCAUGGUGAUGUACUACUACCACAAGGCCGCCCAGACCAUGGAGCCGGCUCUGGUCAAGGAGAUGGAGAAGUACCCGCAUAUGAAGCCCGAGGAGCGUCAGGCCCGUGUGUCUGCUAUCCUCAACCUGGUCGGCAGUGUCUCCACCUCGGUGGAGGUCAACUUUCCCAUUGUGCGCAAGAAUGGCACCUACGAGAUCAUAAGCGGCUAUCGCUCGCAUCAUGUUCGCCAUCGCCUGCCUCUAAAAGGGGGAAUCCGGUACGGUCUAGAUGUGGACUCUCACGAGGUGAAGGCCCUGGCCGCCAUAAUGACAUUCAAGUGCGCGUGCGUAAAUCUCCCGUACGGUGGAUCCAAGGGCGGAGUCUGCAUCGACCCCAAGCAGUAUACUGUGGAUGAGCUGCAGACCAUCACCCGUCGGUACACGAUGGAGCUGCUGAAGCGAAAUAUGAUAGGCCCCGGCAUUGAUGUCCCGGCACCGGAUGUGAACACUGGUCCGCGUGAGAUGGCCUGGAUUGUGGAUCAGUACCAGAAGACCUUUGGCUACAAGGACAUCAAUUCCUCUGCCAUAGUCACUGGGAAGCCAGUUCACAUUGGUGGCAUCAACGGGCGUCACUCGGCCACGGGCAGGGGCGUUUGGAAGUCGGGCGAUCUUUUCCUGCAGGACCAGGAAUGGAUGGAUCUGCUCAAGUGGAAGACGGGCUGGAAGGACAAGACGGUCAUUGUGCAGGGCUUCGGGAAUGUGGGAUCCUUUGCGUCAAAGUUCGUCCAUGAGGCGGGCGCCAAGGUCAUCGGGAUCAAGGAAAUGGAUGUAUCCCUUUACAAUAAGGAUGGCAUUGAUAUCAAUGACCUUUUUGAGUACAAGGAGGAGAAGAAGACCAUUAAGGGCUACCCCAAGGCGGAGGAGUCGAAGGAGGAGCUGCUGACGGCCGAGACCGACAUCCUGAUGCCCUGCGCCACCCAGAAGGUGAUAACCAGCGACAACGCCAAUGAUGUCAAGGCCAAGUUGAUCCUGGAGGGCGCCAAUGGACCCACCACUCCCUCCGGAGAGAAGAUCCUGUUAGACAAGGGAGCACUCAUCGUACCCGAUCUGUAUUGCAAUGCGGGCGGGGUGACUGUAUCCUACUUUGAGUACCUGAAGAACAUUAACCAUGUGUCCUACGGAAAGAUGAACUCCAAAACCACCUCGGAACUAAUUAUUGAGCUGAUGAACUCUAUAAACGAGUCCCUGCACCAGUGCCCCGAUGCUCCAUACCCUGAGAUUAAACCCAAUAAGAAGUUGAAGAAGAUCCGAGAGUGCACCACGGAGGCGGACAUCGUGGACUCUGCCCUCCAGACUGUGAUGGAGGCUGCUGCCCUUGGCAUCAAGCAGAUGGCCCACAAGUUUGAGUUAUGCAACGAUCUUCGCCGUGCCGCCUACGUCUGGUCCUCCUUCAAAAUUUUCCAGGCCAUGGAAAGCUCCGGGAUUUCUCAGCAGUGAUGCUGCGUGUCGUAUUUGAGAAACCGCUAUUUAAGAUAUACAUCUAUAUACAUAUUUUGCUUUAGAAUGCUGAAAUUAUUGUUUAUAAUACUUUAUUAAGUUAAAUAAAUAUUACAAAAAAUA